AAGAAACAACAAUUGAGGUGUUCCGAUCUUGAACUAGAGGUCCUGAACAAACACGCAGUAUUCAGCAGUGUAGUCGCGGCAACGGUGUUUGCGUACGUCCACAGUCUCGCCGUCACAGGACGUCGAGCGACCGGCGGGACACGACGACGCUCUCUGCAGGGGGAUGCCAUUCUCGAACAGGAACUUGACGCUCAGGCUGAGCAAUGUCGGCUGGUACCCGUACGUGUUCAUGGUGGACGAACCGGGCGGCGGCUUCCAGCUCAAGGGCAUCACCGGCUCAAUGAUCGACUACAUCAUCACGUCCAUGGGCAUCAAAUACGAACUGGUACAGCCUCUGGACAACGCAUGGGGAGAGCUGCGACCGAACGGCGCCUGGACGGGCAUGAUGGGCCAACUGCAGCGAGGGGAGGCGGACUUGGCGCUGGGUCCGUUCGUGUUGACCGAGAAGGAGGCGACCGUGGCCAACCCGUCACCGGCGUACACGGACGAGGACAUGGUCAUACUAAGCGGCGUCGAGAAAGAGCACAAGUCGAACGUAUACGGAUACAUCCGCGCCUUCGACCUGCAGGUGUGGAUGGUGCUCCUAUGCUUCCUGCUUGUGGCCGCAGGAGUCGCCGUUGUGGCAGAAAUACUGCUUCCGGACACGCGGCUGUCAGUCCGACAGCGGCGACAGCGGGUGGCACGGAUCUUCUGGGUGUACAUGGCGUCCAUGUUCCUGGAGAGCUCGACGUUCCACUUCGCGAGCCACUCGCAGCGGAUGCUGUUCGGAAGCUGGUUCCUGAUGCUCGUCAUCCUCAUGAACACCUUCGUCGGCUACAUGGAGUCCGCGCUCAUGCUCAAGGAAGAGACCGACCGCCUGGACACCAUCGAGCAGUUGGCGCUCAACCCCAAGGUCCGGCCCAUUGUCUUCGAGGCUGCCGGAUUCCUCAAGAUUAUCGAAGAGGCGGAAGGCUACGCGUUCGAGAAAGUGCUGGCCACCAUCAAGGAGUUCAGCGAGGGGCAAACCGAGGAAGCGGUGCACGGCGAGGAGCUGUUCACGCCGCCGUACCUGCUCAUGGUGCUCAACAAAGAAGCGGCCAUUCUGAUGGAGAGAAUAUCGCUGCUCGCCAGGGUGUCGCAACACUGCUACGACGUCGAGCUCAAGGGCCAGGGUCUCUUCCACCUGGGAAGAGAGCGGAUACUGCAGAUCAAGAUGGUCUUCUACGUCCGCAAGGACUUGGACCAGAAGCUGCAGGAUGAAAUCUUCCGCCGAGUCCGCUGGAUCAUGGACACCGGCCUGAACCUGUACUGGCACGAAGACCUGGUGCCCGAUCCGGGACCGUGCUGGACUCGCUUCCAUCCGGACCACCUGCACGACUACCAGCCGCUCAACUUCAGGGACUUCGCGGCCAUCUUCUACAUGCUGAUCGUGGCACAGGGCUGCGCCUGGUUCGGCUUCGUCCUGGAGGUGCUGCUGUACAAGUGGUGCUGCCUCAAGACUCGCGACGACUUGAAUCACGACACACUUAUAAAUUAAAUAGCCAGCACG